AUGGGAAGUGGAGGUCUCGUCACAGAGACUUUUUCUGCCCUCCUAAAGGAGUUAUGGAUGGGUCAUUAUCCUUAUGUCAAUCCCACCUAUUUUAAGAAGGCCAUUCAAGGUUACGACCAUCAGUUCGAGGGUGUAGGUCAGCAUGACAGCCAAGAAUUCUUCGCGAAGCUCGUGGACGUUCUCCACGAAGAUUUGAAUCUUAUCAAGAAGAAGCCCUACAUCGAAACGCCAGUGUACACGUCCUACGACAAGAGCCAAGGUCCGGAAAUGUGGGACAUCUUUCAGAAACGCAACACAAGUCGAAUCGUCGAUUUGUUCUACGGCAUGACGAGCAGCGAGGUCACCUGCAGCGAAUGCCACGAGUGUCGCGUCCGCUACGAUCCAAACAACGCCGUGAUGCUUCCUCUGCCGAAGGAGCAGUUCAAAGUGACGAUCAACUAUCUGGAAGCGCGCGAUUUGUCGCAGUACAACGAAGAAUUCGAGACGCUGCGCCGCAAAUUAUGCGAGCGCAAGCGAGCGAAGGAGGCUCUCACGGAAGAAGAGCAGGCCAUCGCGAAGAAGCCCGCGUUCCGCGAGAAGAUUCUGCGGUACUGGGAGUACAACUACAAUUUUUAUGGAGUGAAUCGGGACAUGUACGAGUUCGCUGCGAAGCAAUUGGAGGUGGAGGUCGAAGACAUCGAUCUGAUUCUCAUGGAGAAGAACGAGGACGACUCGAUGAUCGACGUGGCCGUGCAUCCCAUCGACAUCAACAGCCCGCAGAGCUCGCUCUCGCAGUUCGAGGACUCACAAACCUACAUCAUUUGCCUCAAAAAGCCGCAGCGGAACUUGAAGCCGCUCUAUCUUCGCCAGUCCUUCUUGACGUACUACUUCCAGAGCUGGCGGCCCUCGAUGAAUCUCGCUCUCUUUGGCGGGUGUUUUGUUUACUACGAUCCCGAGGAACCGAUCGAGCAGGUGCUGAAGCGAAUCCCGGAGGUUUUCUUCCCGAAGCUGUGCCGAAUGAAGGCGAAGCAGCAGGACAAAGUGCGGAAAGUGCUGGAGAUCAUUCUGGACUGCGUGGUGCAUCCGGAGAAGCGAACGAAGCUGAAGCAGGGCGUGGUGGAUUAUGAAGAAAACGAGGACAAGGACGAGGAUGAAGAGAACGAAAAGAGUGGAGAUGAGGAUGAAAUGGAAUUGCCGGAAGAAACGGAGCCUGAUAAGAAGAUCACGCAGUUCUAUAAGAGCAAGGAAGACGAAGCGAAGACGAAGACGAAGGAGACGGAGACCAAAGAAACGGAGAAGAUGAAAGAAGAAUCGAAAGAAGAAUCGAAAGAAGAAUCGAAGGAAGAAUCGAAAGAAGAAUCGAAAGAAGAAUCCAAGGAAGAAUCCAAGGAAGAGUCCAAGGAAGAAUCGAAAGAAGAGUCCAAGGAAGAAUCGGAGGAGGAUUCGGAGGAGCCGAAGAUAACGGAGUUUUUCCACUCCACGCAUUCCGCGACGUCGGACGAAGAGGACGAUGAUUUCACGCCGAGCGAUGCGUCCCACGUCUCCGAUAUGGUGAUCGAAAGUGACGAAGCCUUCGACCAUUCCGACAACGAGCUGGAAAACGAAAACGAAGACGAAGACGAAAACGAAAUGGAGAAUGAGAAUGAAAAUGAAAAUCAUCAUCAUCAUCAUCAUCAUUCAAACGAAAACGAGGACGAAAACGAAAACGAGGACGAGGACGACGCCAUUCUGGAGUCCUACCUCGGCAAGCGCCGCCGUACCUCGUCGAUCCUUGAGUCCACUGUAGACAGCUACUUGCAAUGGAUCGACGGGCCGUGUGGCUUCCCCGUCGUCUUCGAUCCCUUCGCCAGCGCCUCCUGCAUGGAUCUCGUCGACGAGGCCAAGCUCAACUACAUCCUCCGUCCGGAAUACUAUUCCUAUCCGGCCAAAUACCUCCUCCGCUCGUCGGAGUUCCUUCCGUCCCUCUGCGUGAUCGUGGACGCGCAGAUCAUGAAAAUGCCGCCGCUUCUUCGCGAGCAAAUGAAAGCCUUCGGCGCGGAUCUCGUGGAUGCGGACCUUCCAAUCACGCCCGACGAGGCCGCUCUCUUCGACGAGAUCCGCGACGUGUUCCGCUGGCGCUUCCUCUCCAUGCACUACUGCAAAACGCGGAAAUGGAAGAGCCAGCACAACGAAUCGACCGAGGUGCCGCUCUCCGAGUGUUUCGAACUCUUCAAAAACAAGGGAAACAACGACGCCAACUGUCCCUGGUUCUGCCCGAAAUGUCAGAAGGACGUGAUCGCUCAGAGCGUGUCGUACAUCUGGCGCGCGCCGCAGUAUCUGAUUCUGCAUCUGAGUCGGUUUGAGUACGUGACGACGGACCAAUUGCAGGGCAUCGAGUUCAAUUUCGAUGCCAGGAAGCGCAAGGUGGACGUCAAAGUGGACUUCCCGGUGUAUGGGCUGGAUCUGGGGGAGUAUAUGCACCCGGACGCGAAGAAGGAGGGAGAGAGCUAUCUGUAUGAUUUGAUAGCGGUGUGCAAUCAUGAUGGCAAUGUCGAUAGUGGACAUUAUGUGGCGUCGUGCAGAGACGAGAACGAGGGAGAGCCGAAGUGGUUUAGUUAUAAUGAUAUGGAUGUGAAGGAGAUGAAGGAGGACAAGAUUGUUUCGGAGAAUGCGUACAUGUUGAUUUAUCAGAGAAAGGGGGAGAAGACGAUGUCGUCUUUGGACGUGAUCAAGAUGAUUAGUGACAUGAAAAAGAAGGAGUAGAGGUGUUUGACAGA